CCUGAAUUAAUUUCCGAAAGCUGUGGAGAAGCAGAAGACUGAAGCAAGCGCGCAGUCGUUUCUCCGCUGAUAAAGCUGUUCGUGUGUGUGUGCGUGUGUGUGAGUUUGUGUGUGUCUGUGCCUGUGUCGUUCGUCAGUAGGGGGCGCUUAUCCACUCGUUAAGCUCGCUGGUGACGUCACGCACUCUCUCUCGCCGCUCGCAGCGCAACAGAGUAUCGGAGCGAGCGCGAUACACGGAGAGAGAGCAUGGGGCGCGCGGAUCGGCUGGAAUAAGAAACAUUUCCCAACACUUUCAAAAACUUUCUCAACUCGGCCGACAGAUAUGGAUACCAUCAUUUUGGGCAUUUUACUCCUGCAUACGGCGUUUGGAAGCGCAGGAGCCCAGUACACACCCGCUCAAAUGGGACAUGCGGAGAAAGGUGGCUGCACCUUCGACGAUGGCCCAGCACAGUGCGACUACCAGCAGGAUCCUUACGACGACUUCGACUGGACACAUGUCAGCGCUCAAGAAGUGCCAUACCUGCCCUCUGACCUGCCCCAGGGCUCAUACAUGAUGGUGGAUACCUCGCAGCACGAUUAUGGAGAAAAGGCUCGCCUGCAGCUGCCCGUGAUGAAAGAAAACGACACUCACUGCAUCGACUUCAACUAUCUCCUGUACUGUCCCGACGGCUCCAGCCCCGGGACGCUCAACGUCCUGGUGAAGGUCAAUAAAGGGCCGCUGGCCAAUCCCAUCUGGAACGUCACUUCCUGCACAGGCAAAGACUGGAUGAAGGCGGAGCUCGCUGUCAGCACCUUUUGGCCCAAUGAGUAUCAGGUCAUAUUCGAGGCAGAGGUGACAAACGGCAGAAGAGGUUUCAUCGCCAUUGAUGACAUCCAGGUGCUCAGUUACCCAUGCGAUAAAUCACCUCACUUUCUGCGUUUGGGGGAUGUGGAGGUGAAUGCCGGACAGAACGCCACGUUCCAGUGCAUCGCCACUGUCCGUGAUGCCGUCAACAACAAACUCUGGCUGCAGCGGCGUAAUGGAGAGGACAUUCCAGUGGCGGAGAAGAAAAACAUCAACCACAGGAAGUUUGCAGCCUCUUUCCGACUGAGAGAAGUGACUAGUCAGGACCAAGAUCUCUACCGCUGCGUCACCCAAUCAGAGAGAGGAUCUGGCGUCUCCAACUUUGCUGGGCUCAUUGUCAGAGAGCCUCCAAGACCCAUUGCUCCACCUCAGCUGCUGGGUGUCGGGCCCACGUACCUGCUAAUCCAGCUAAACGCUAACUCCAUAUUUGGGGACGGCCCCAUCAUCCUGAAGGAGGUGGAGUACAGGAUGACAUCCGGAAGCUGGACAGAGACCCACGCCGUCAACUCGCCCAAUUACAAGCUGUGGCACCUGGAUCCCGACACAGAGUAUGAGAUCCGAGUGCUGCUGACCCGUCCGGGAGAGGGGGGAACCGGACAGCCCGGGCCGCCUCUCAUCACCAGAACCAAGUGUGCAGAACCCAUGCGGACACCCAAGAAUCUAAAGAUCGCAGAGACGCAGGCACGCUUCAUCGCCGUGGACUGGGAGUCGCUGGGCUACAACAUCACUCGCUGCCACACCUUCAACGUCACCAUCUGCUACCACUACCACAAAACCCCCAACCAGAGCAAGGCCGACUGCCUGGAGAUGGACCCCAAAGCCCCCCGACACGUGGUGGGCAACCUGCCGCCCAACACCAAUGUCAGCCUGAAGAUGAUCCUCACCAACCCGGAGGGACGCAAAGAGAGCGACGAGACCGUGAUCCAGACGGAGGAGGAUGUGCCCGGUCCAGUUCCCAAGGAGUUUGUGAGAGCGACUCCAUCUGAGGAUAAGAUCUCACUGCAGUGGAAAGAGCCUCUGGAGCCCAACGGCAUUAUAACCCAAUAUGAGAUCAGCUACAGUAGCGUGCAUUCAUUCGACCCGUCAGUGCCAUUGCUGCGGCCGCCUGUUCUGGUGUCAUUACCGUGGAACACGUCACGUCACAACUUCACACAGCUGCACCCUGGAACCACCUACCAGUUCCUGAUCCGGGCCAGUACCAGCAAGGGAUACGGACCCCCAACCACACUCAACGUCACCACCAACAUAUCAGCUCCUACUCUAGAGGAGUAUGACGGGUCGGAGGCGUCCCUGAACGAGACGGCCACCACCAUCACGGUCCUGCUGAAACCUGCCCAGGCUAAAGGAGCUCCUAUCAGUGCCUAUCAGAUUGUCGUGAGGGAGAUAAACCCACACCGUGCACGGCGGGAGGCCGGCAGCGGGGAGUGUUACCGUGAGCCGGUGUCCUAUCAGAACGCCGCCAGCACCGGGCUGCCGUAUUACUUCGCGGCGGAGCUCCCGCCCAGGAAUCUCCCAGAACCGCUGCCGUUUACUGUUGGAGACAACAAGACGUACCACGGCUACUGGAACGCCCCACUCGCGCCUCGCAAAAACUACAACAUCUACUUUCAGGCGGUCAGCAGUGUGGAAAAGGAAAGUAAAACACAAUGUUUGAAACUGGCAUUUAAAGGGGCCACAGAGGAGCCGGAAGUGAUUCCAGACCCGGCCAAACAGACCGACCAAGUGGUGAAGAUUGCCGGCAUCAGCGCUGCCGUCCUGGUCUUCAUUCUCCUGGUGCUCGUGGCCAUCCUGCUGGUGAAGAAAAGGAGGAGCUACUAUUCGUACUCAUAUUACCUGAAGCUCGCCAAGAAGCGUAAGGACGCCAUCGGAAACACCCGUCAGGAGAUGACGCACAUGGUCAACUCCAUGGAUCGCAGUUAUGCGGACCAAAGCACACUGCACGCUGAGGAGCCCAUGUCCGUCACCUUCAUGGACUCGCACAACUUCAGCAACCGCUUGCCUAAUGACCCUCUCGUGCCAACAGCUGUAUUAGAUGAGAACCACACAGCAGCGGCCGAGAACAGCAGACUGCUGGACAUCCCGCGGUACCACUGCGAGGGCACAGAGUCGCCCUAUCAGACCGGACAGCUCCAUCCUGCCAUACGGGUGGCCGACCUGCUGCAGCACAUCAAUCUGAUGAAGACCUCCGACAGUUACGGCUUCAAGGAGGAGUAUGAGAGCUUCUUUGAGGGUCAGUCUGCUUCCUGGGAUGCAGCAAAGAAAGAGCAAAAUCGAACGAAGAAUCGAUACGGGAACAUCAUUGCAUACGAUCAUUCUCGAGUGAUCCUGCAGCCAAUGGAAGACGACCCGUCCUCCGACUACAUAAAUGCCAACUACAUUGAUGUAAGUGGCGAUGCCGCCUCCUCCUCCAUUGGCGAACGUGUGAGAAACGUCUCUCCCUCCCUCAUUUGGCUGUACAGGGAUGGAUAUCAAAGGCCCAGCCAUUACAUUGCAACUCAAGGCCCUGUCCAUGAGACGGUGUACGACUUCUGGAGGAUGAUCUGGCAAGAGCAAUCAGCCUGUAUCGUCAUGGUAACCAACCUAGUGGAGGUGGGCCGGGUGAAAUGCUAUAAGUACUGGCCCGAUGAUGCUGAAGUUUAUGGAGAUUUCAAAGUGACAUUUGUGGAGGUCGAGCCACUCGCAGAAUACGUUGUCAGGACUUUCACUCUGGAGAGGAGGGGGUUUAAUGAGGUGCGAGAGGUAAAGCAGUUUCAUUUCACUGGCUGGCCCGAUCAUGGAGUACCAUAUCACGCAACGGGACUGUUGUCAUUUAUCCGACGAGUUAAGAUGUCUAACCCUCCCACCGCUGGGCCUAUCGUCGUCCACUGCAGUGCGGGAGCCGGCCGGACAGGAUGUUACAUCGUGAUUGACAUCAUGUUGGACAUGGCAGAGAGAGAGGGGGUGGUGGACAUCUACAACUGCGUCAAAGCUCUGCGCUCCAGACGAAUCAACAUGGUUCAGACUGAGGAGCAGUACAUUUUCAUCCACGAUGCCAUCCUGGAGGCAUGUCUGUGUGGCGAGACGGCGAUUCCCGUGUGCGAGUUCAAAGCCGCGUACUACGACAUGAUCCGCAUCGAUUCUCAGAGCAAUUCCUCCCACCUCAAAGACGAAUUCCAGACGCUGAACUCAGUGACCCCUCAGCCUCAGCCUGAAGAUUGCAGCAUUGCACUCCUUCCUCGAAAUCACGACAAGAACCGCUUUAUGGACAACCUCCCUCCUGACCGCUGCCUGCCCUUCCUCAUCACCAUCGACGGAGAGAGCAGUAACUACAUCAAUGCAGCGCUCAUGGAUAGCUACAGGCAGCCGGCCGCGUUCAUUGUGACCCAGCAUCCGUUACCCAACACCGUCAAGGACUUCUGGAGGCUGGUGUAUGAUUAUGGAUGCACCUCCAUCGUCAUGCUCAACGAGAUCGACUUGGCUCAGGGUUGUCCUCAGUACUGGCCGGAGGAGGGGAUGCUAAGAUACGGCCCUGUACAGGUGGACUGCAUAUCCUGCUCUAUGGACUGUGAUGUCAUUAGUCGUCUUUUCAGGAUAUGCAACCUGACCCGGCCCCAGGAAGGUUACCUGAUGGUCCGUCAGUUCCAGUACCUGGGAUGGGCGGGUCAUAGGGAAGUCCCUGCCUCCAAGCGCUCAUUCCUCAAACUGAUCCUCCAGGUGGACAAAUGGCAGGAGGAAUGCGAGGAAGGCGAUGGUCGCACUAUUAUACACUGCCUGAACGGAGGCGGCCGCAGUGGGAUGUUCUGUGCCAUCAGUAUUGUGUGUGAAAUGAUAAAGCGCCAGAACGUUGUUGACGUCUUUCAUGCUGUGAAGAGUCUGAGGAACAGCAAGCCCAAUAUGGUGGACAGCCCGGAGCAGUAUCGCUUUUGCUAUGAUCUGGCUCUGGAGUACAUCGAGACGUCGUAAUGGAGACGUCAUCUCAUACGGACUCAUGUGUUUGUUUCUGGAGCAGCGCACACUCGGUUUACUUUACAUGUGACACGGAGUGCGAGUGGCGUGUAAAUGUCUCCAUUUGUGGAUCUGUGUUGACUUUCACGAAAUUCAAGUGCCGGCCACCUGGUCGAGGUCAUGUUUUUUUUUUUUUAUAUAUAUAUAUAUAUAUAAACAUUUUUUAUUUUUCUAUUUUUUUUUGUGCAGCCAUUUGAAACACUAAGCCCGAGCUGUUGCAUGCCGAAGACACUCUUUAUUUCUUUGUGUCUAUCACUGUUCCUGUUAAUAAACAUAUAUAGUAGUACUCGUGUAAAUGGACAUUGUUUCGAAAGGAAAGAGCAAACAUGUUUAUCCACUGAUGGAGAGCGUGUAACUUUGGCUCGAGAAGACUGCGUUCCGCACUAAAUGGCUGGCUUAUUAUGUGUUCUUUUGUUUUUCGGUAGCAGACGAUGACCAUAAGCCAAAGACUUGUGUAAAUAUGUCUAUAGGGAUGAAGCACAUUGUUUGUAUUUAUUGUUUACUUGCAUUUUUGAAAGCUCAAAACAAUCAUUAUCAUUCCCCGUUUAGCCGAAAUUUUCACUGCAGACACUCUUUGUAGAUUUUUAUGUACCAGACAGAUUUAAGUAGUGUUAUUUUUUGUUGUAUUUGAAAAUUGUAUUUUCUUUUUUGUUUGAAAUCUUUUACAUGCUAUCGUGGUUUGUUUUACGUAACUGAUUGUGAAUUAUUCCUUUGCUGAGGAGAAAAGAGAAGAGCUCUAUUUUUUCUGAUGUUUUCACAUUUGUAUUGUGCUGGAAAUGAAAAAAAAAAACACAAACAA